UUCAAAAACUAAAAACCAAAAUUUGACGUUUAUGUUUGUUAAGUCUUCUUUAAAUUUCGACCGGAAGACUGGAACAUUGAACGGCGUCUUUUAAAAGAUUUAUUUCAUGUGAUUUUGUUUGAGAUCAGUUUAGUGAGAAGGAAAUGGGUUUUGCUGUAUCCGAUGAAUUAUUGGGAACUGUGGUUCCGAUUGUUGUUUAUUGGAUUUAUUCAGGGAUUUAUAUGUGUUUAGGUUCGUUUGAGAAGUAUAGAUUGCAUCCUAAAACAGAUGAGGAAGAGAAGAAUUUGGUUUCCAAACGAACAGUCGUUGAAGGCGUUCUUUUUCAGCAGUUUCUUCAAGCUGCUGCCGCGAUCCUUUUGUUCAGUGUCACAGGGGGUCAGACCGAGGGUUCCCCUCAGCAGCCAUCUUCCUUCAUUAUUCUAGCCAGACAGUUUCUUACAGCAAUGUUGGUUAUGGAUACAUGGCAAUACUUUCUGCAUAGAUACUUCCACGAGAACAAGUUCUUGUACCGGCACCUGCACUCUCAACAUCACCGUCUUAUCGUUCCCUAUGCAUUUGGAGCUUUGUACAAUCAUCCAUUAGAGGGGCUUCUCCUCGAUACAGUAGGCGGGGCAUUAUCAUUUAUGCUCUCCGGCAUGUCCCCUCGGACCUCCAUCUUCUUCUUCUCGUUCGCUACCGUCAAAACGGUGGAUGACCAUUGCGGGCUAAUGCUCCCAGGGAACCCCCUCCACAUCUUCUUUAGAAACAAUGCCGCAUAUCAUGAUGUCCACCAUCAGCUUUAUGGCAGCAAAUAUAACUUCUCACAGCCAUUCUUCAUCAUGUGGGAUCGAAUUUUGGGGACGUAUAUGCCAUUUUCACUUGAGAAGAGAGCAGAAGGGGGAUUAGAAGCUCGGCCAACUAAAGGGUUCAAAGAGGAUUAGAAUCCAUUUGUUUGCUGCAGAACAAACAAGUACCUCCUGUAUUUUUCUUUUCCUUUUUUUGUUUAAUUCAUCCAUCAUUCAUCAAAUUUUUGUGUUCUUACACCUAUUUCCGUUUUUAGAAGUACUAAUGGCAUCCACUAGUUUAUUAGUUUAGAUAUUUGUCUAUUUACGUCGGACUAUUGUAUUUUUUUUCUGUCGUGUAAUUUAAGUAUUAUAUAAAUUAUUGUUUUCGUUU